AUGGUCAAACCAAUUGAGCGCACGACGAGCCAAGACCAGGGCAGCAUCAGUCCUGUUCACGACGCUCAUGGGGAUCUCGUAACCAACAAUGUCAUUGUCGACGAAACCAUCGAGGCCAUUGGCUUCGGCAAGUUUCAGUGGCAGCUCACCUUCUCGUGUGGCUUUGGUUUCCUCGUAGACCAGAUGCUUCUCGUGUCCAUUAGUUUGGUCACCCCCCAAGCUGCCAUGGAAUUCGGUCCCAAGUACCCGACCCUUCUGUCGGCAUCGAACUACGCUGGCUUGCUUGUGGGCGCUGUCGCACUUGGCAUGCUAGCAGACAAUAUCGGACGCAGGCUUGUGUGGCAGGUUUCCAUCUUUGGAAUCUCCAUUUUUACCAUGGUGGCCGCAAGUUCCCCCAAUUGGGCUUCACUGAACGUCUUUUUGAUGAUCUGUGGUCUCUUUGGUGGUGGCAAUCUCGCGAUUGACUUGGCUAUUCUGGCUGAAAGCAUCCCUAGAAGAUGGUCAUUCGUGCUUCCUGGACUUGCCGGCGUCUGGGGAGUCGGGAAUGUAUUCACUGGCCUCAUCGCAUGGCCACUGUUGGUCAACUUUGGCUGUGCCAGUGGCUCGACGCCUGAAACUUGCUCCAAGAGCGACAACAUGGGUUGGAGAUACCUGUACAUUGUUCUCGGAGGACUGUGCCUCAUCAUGUCACUCAUACGCUCUUUCGUUUUGAGGUCCCAAGAAUCACCGAGAUGGCUCAUUGCUUGCGGAAGAAUUCCCGAGGCAGUUGACGUGCUCAAUGCGAUCAGCUCCACGAAUGGAUCCAACUACACUGUGUCCGCCGACCAGUUCAUUCCGGUCCCUGAACGAAGCCAGAAUGAGACCGUGUCUAUCCACGACAACUUACGAAGGGCGGGGAAACUGUUCUCCGGGCCAAAACAACUUCGCCUGAUGCUUUGCCUGAUCUUGAUGUGGAUCCUCAUUGGCAUUGCAUACCCACUAUACACCAUCUUCUUGCCAUACUAUCUUGCUGCUCAUGGAGCUGAUCUAGGUGACGGAAGCACCUACACAGCAUACCGUGAUUGGACGGUCUCCUCCGCCGUAGGAGUUGUCGGCCCUUUCGUGUCCAUGUACAUGGUGUCGCUGAAGUGGUUCCGGUCCAAGAGAUCACUCUUUGUCAUGGCCUGCGUUUGUACGGCCUUUUCUGGCGCCUUCACCACAGUCAGAACUGCCGGGCAGAAUCUUGGGUUCUCGUCGAUGAUCAACUUCUCUCUCAAUGGGCUCUACGCUAUCAUCUACUCAUACACCCCACUCGCUUUGAAUGUAGAACAUCGCGGACUGGGGGCUGGCUUUUUGAUGGCUGUCGGUCGAAUGUCCUCCCUGAGCGCACCCUUCAUCGCUACCUUUUCGGAUGUGACUAGCUCUGCCCCGAUCUGGGUGUCCUGCGGUUGUUACGUUGCUAUUGGACUUGUUGCGCUUGCCCUUCCGGUGGACACGGCGACUUUCCACUGA